UAGAUUCUGUAAUUGAAUUGCUUUCAGAAUAAAAACAAAUGUGUCAAGUAAAUCCUUUUCCAAAAUUCAUUGCAUUUUGCUAGAAAGCAGAUGCCAGCUCCAACAGACAAUUCCUACGAAUCGUGGUUGUUCCGUUCCUUUGUAAAUCAAAUGUCAAGUCAACAUUCGACCACUGCGCUGUCAUGGCGAAAAUUGUAUUUGAGCAGAGCAAAAUUGAAGGCAUCAAGCCGGACAUCGGCGCUAUUGUCAGGAUUUGCAAUGGUUGCACUGGUAGAGAUAACGAUUGACAAAGAUGUGCCAGACUACUUGUUGAUACUGUUCAGUAUUUGUACAACCCUUCUUGUUUCCGUUCAUCUUUUGGCCCUUAUGAUCAGUACCUGUAUUUUACCACACAUUGAAGCUGUUUCAAACGUUCACAAUGUUAAUGCAGUUAAAGAAUCACCACAUGAGAAGAUGCAGGGUUUUAUUCAGAUGGCCUGGGCGUUUUCUACAGGGCUUGGAAUAAUUCUUUUUCUGGCAGAAAUCACCAUUAUCUGUUGGUUACAAUUUCUUACUAUAAAUAGAAAUGCUGCAAUAGCAUCCACAGUUGUAGUGGCACCCGUUCUUGUGAUAUUUUUACUUUUUGCUGCAUUUUUCUACAGACGGUUAAUUAGUCAUAAAUAUGAAAGAUCGUACCGUGAUUUGGAGGAUUUACAACAAAUUGCUGAAGAACUCCAAAAUCAUUCUCAGUUGGAAAAUCUCAAUAAUACCACACAUUCGCAACAAACUGUGUAGUGAUAAAUGUAAAUUGAAUCUGCGAUUUAUAACAUGGAAAUCUCUUGUAAAGAUAUGCCUUUGGAAUGGAUGACCCGUCAUUGGAAAAGAAAAGUUACAGUGAAGUUAAAAAAGAGCAGACGGAUUGGAUGCAGGUUUUUCCACUUGUACAUAUUUGUACAAUCACUGUUCCUACACCUUCGCUUGCAUUUUCUAUUGUACCUAAUGUUUUAGCCAGUUGUACAUUGCCAAGUCCUUUUACUUAGAUCUAAAUAGUAACAGCAGUCUGGAUAAAAGUGGGAUAGUUGUGUAAAGGCAAGGACUGUAAUCAAUGUAGGAUCAGUGAUGACUUUUCAUAGAAAAUUUUAACUUAUUUUUAUUUCAUUGUUGUGUUUAACUUAUUUUUAAUCACUGUAUUUUUUCAAAGCUUUGAGCUGAUUUUUUUUUUCAGAUUUAUUCUUUAAAGGUAGUUAAUCAGGUUUUGGUCAAGUAAUGGAUUUGUUUGAAAAGUAAACAAGUGACCAUUUACAUUUAUGUUCCAAGAGUGCUUUACACAGGUUAUUUUUCAAAUCUGAUUUUCACAUUAUGAUUUGUGAUAGAGUUAUUUUAGUAUAAUGAGUUUAAAUUUGUUAGAUAUGCUUAGCCUAAGAAAUGAUAUGAAUAUAAGAAUAGUCAAAAUAAUUCGACGUUCAGAUUGUUUUAUAUUUGUGACGGGGCAAUCUGAACAAGUUGGGAUAUUGCCCAUAUGAAAAAAUUAUCUCAAUAUUUCCUAGGAUCGCUUCAGAUUUGUUGGACUAAAUAUCGGAAGUAUUGUUACUAUUAUGUUUGCCAAAGUUUAUUGACAUUAAAUUUACUUGAAAAUUAUUAUAACCUCCGUAAGGCUCCUUUUGUACAACCAAGGUAGAUAAAAAAAUUAGGAAGCUACAUUUAAAUGGUUUUUAAACUUUUAUUUUUGUUCAUGUUGAAAUAUCUCGGUAUCUUUCAAAUAUAAAUGUAAAACUAUAUUUUAUAUUGAAAUCAGAAGAAAGACUCAGCCUUUUGUAAAUUUUCUCAUUAAAGGGGGAUAAUUGCAAAUUCUUAUGAAAAUAAUAAAACAUCUAUUUUUAAUAAGGAUCUUACUCUAUUUGUUUAACCUUUUCUAGCAUUUUCAUUAGUUAAAAGGUCGUCAUAUGGUGACCCCCUAUAUUUCUGUGGAGGGUCAGUAGAUUUUCAUUUCAAUCUAGGCUAUAAAUAAGUGGUUGAUAAAACAAAUCACUUAACGGGUUUGUUUAUAAAAGAGACACAACGCGCAAAUAUGUGAGGUCGGGGACUCGGCUAAUGACUCGCCCACCAUUUACCAUACUGACCCCACAUAUUUAUGUGGAUGGUGACUAACAGACCCAAUAAUAAAUAGUCAUGGACCUAUUUUGCCUGAAAUAAAUCUCUUAACAGAAUAUUUCGAAUGUGGAAAAUGUUAUAAAAUGUUGCUUAAAAGUGUUUGACCACCUUUAAAGAAGUGUUGAAUUAUAUAAAAUAAGAUUGAAUUUUUCUUCUUUCUAAAUGUGAGAUUGAGUCACUCAUUCGUUUACCAGUUGAAUGUGAAGCCUACUUAAAUUGCCUUCAGUACAAGUGGCCAUUGAUAUUGUUUUGGGAAAUCAAAUAUAAUUUUGAAUAUUAAUUUGGAUUUUAUAAUGGAAUGAAACAGUGAACUUCUACCAUUUUCCAGGGGUCAUGUGCAGUGAUUUCUUUUUGCAUUUUGGGAAUUUGGUUUGAUCUUUGUUUUUUUUAUGUUAAAGUAAGUUUAAUAUUUCAUAUAGGCAUUGACGACAGACUAGCGUGUAAAUACAUGGCACUGUUUACCUAGGUGGUGCAUGUAACAUUGUUUACUGAAGGAGUCUGUGUUGUUAAUACUUGCCUUCAAGGUGCAAUUAAAACUAUGACAAAAUGUUUUUUUAAAAUUAUAUGUUCAGCCUUACAUUAUGAGUCAGUAUUGUUUUAUUGUUUGUAUACUUGUAAGUUUUACAUUUAUAUUGUUAUAUCUGUUACAUUUAUAUAAUUAUGUAUGUUACAUUUCUGUUACAUAUUCAGCUUUACUUGCCAUGAAUGUAAAUCGUAAUUGUUAAUCUCGUUUUGGCAUAAAGUGACGAACUCACACAUGAGACAAAUUUUUCAUAAAUUAACCUUUAUGUCACAUAUUUGAUACACAGAUAAUCAGUAUGUAACAUUAUUGAAUUUUGUUUAAAACAAUAGUUUAAAUUAAUAAAUGUUAAAUAAAAACAUUGUCUUUGAUUUCUGAAGUGAAUUUUCCAUUAAAAAGACGGAUUCCAUACAGCUGCUGCCUUGCAGACAUCACAUGAUCAGCAGAAGCUGCUCAUGCACAACCUUUCAUUUCAUUGCCCAAGUGAAGGUUAUGUCAAAAAAAUCACUGCUGCUUGUUCUAGCUGUGAAUCAAUGUUUACAGAGCAAACCUUAGCAACUUUUUUCUAAAAGUGAUAGAGAGUAGUGCAAAAACUAAAAUACUGAUGUAUUCUGGGAAACAAUUAACUAAUCGACCAUUCAGUAUCAUGUAUAUUUCUGAAACUGCUGUAGUGUUUUAUCUUUGGACAAACAUUUUUAUCUUUACCUAAAUAACCAUGUCACAUUGUGUGGGUGGUCACAUUGUGUGGGUGAGUCACUUUAAAUUUGAGAAUAAGGGCUUUUAUUGUAUUUUUCCUUCUGUCUUUAUUUAUCAAUUUGUCAGAUUUUGAUAGUUGAGAAAAUUAUGUUUCAUGCCUUUAAUUUUAUCAUGAACAAUUUUCAAGUUGUUUCCUUUAUAGGGCACUAAAUUUUCACCUUAACAAAUGCAAGAACAGCCUGCAAAUUUUUGGCAGUUGAAGACAUGUAUAAAAGAAUUUAGCAAUCUGAUGAAUUAGAACAACUCUCACACCAGCAAUUGUUGGCUGUAGAUUGUGUCACAGCUUACUGUAGGUUAUUUUGUUUCACCCACAACUAGCUGUAUGUCAUACUAUGUCAUAGGUUUUUCCUUGUUACCCACAACUCGGCUUGUUCAUAAGAGCAUUGUUUGGUAACAUCACUUCUCAGGGCUUAAGCUAGGCUAAGAUUUUAGGGAGAAGUCACUUCUCCCUCAGGUAAGAUUAGGGAGAAGUGGAGAGAUUUUAGGGAGAAGUGGCGAGAUUUUAGGGAAAACGUGGAAAGAUUUAAGCACCAUGACAUGCAAGCUGAAAAAGGAACUAAAUAUGCUUUAUAUAACGUUACUAUUUUUAUUAUUCCCUGUCUUUGUUUACAAAGUCUAUUAAUUUAAAGUAAAUAACAAAUUCACUGAAAAUGUCAUUGAUUCUGUUUUCUUAUCAUUUUUAACCUUGUGAAUCUAAUGAGAUUAAACUGCAAUUUCAAGA